AUGCAAGGACAUGUACUUAUAAAUCUCUUAUCUUCGGAAAGAAAGGACUUCAAGCACUUGCUAAAAGACACUCAGACUGCUGCUAUGGAAUUGAGGAGACCAUUAGAGAAUAAUGAAAGACACUGGAAAGUAGAAAAGAUGGAAUUAUUGGAACGAUUUGAUAGUGAAAGGAGAGAAUGGGAAAGUCAGUGGAAAAUUAUGCAGAAGAAGAUUGAGGAGCUUUACCAAGAAGUGAAACUGAGGAGAGAAAAUAAACUGAAUGGUUAUGAUGAUGGUAUUACUGCUAAGUCCCUGCAGUUUUCAGUGCCUGUAUACAAUUCUGAACCUAGAAAUUCCAGUGACAAGGCAAGACACAUGUUGCAAAGCACAGAUAAAAAGAUGGAUGUAAGUAACAUAGUAGUGCCUAAAAAUAGUCCAAAGCCAAAGGAGAAAAAACUGCACACAUCAGAAUCCUCACAUCCACAGCAAAAUGUUUUGGAACCUGAAAAAUACCUUUCUACAAAAAUGUCCAAACCAGAGAAUGAUGCACUAAAUGAUGCCCUGCGAGAGAUUGCCAGAGUCAGCGAGGAACUGUGUAAAUUUCAAGAUGAAAUUCGCCUGAAGUCCAACUGUAAAAGGAUGGGUGCCAGUUCAGCUGCUUGUGGGAACUAUGAUGCAGAAGCUAAAGUGGCCAAAACAGAUAAGAACCUGUCUUCUUCAAAAAUGUCAAAAAGUAAUGAAAGGUCCAAUGAGAAUUAUGUCAACAGCCCUGUGAUGUGUAAUUCUCUCAGUCAGCAGUCAGAAAUAGGUAGCACAAUCUUGAUUUCGCAGGAGCCAUCAUUUCCACCUUCAUAUUUCUCAAGCAACAUUGCAAGUUUCUUGUCGUUUGAUACAUAUAAGGUUGGUCCUUCUACGUGCUCGAAUGUAAACAAUGAUCAUUAUCAUGUGGCGACUAACCACACUGAUGCUGUGAGAAACAAUGACAAUGGACUGUGCCAUGUAAGUUGUUUAUAUGACAUUGGAACACUUGAAAAAUCAAACCCAGUAAAACCUUUCCUGGGCAACAUUGCAGAUUAUGACAGUUUAGUUUUUAAAAAUGAUGCAUGGAAUUCCACCACUUCAGUUUCUAGGUUGCCAUGCUCUAACAACUUCUGUUCUGAUGAAAUAAUGUCAGAGCACUAUCCUAAUGCAUCUGAACUCAGACCUGAAAUGGCAAUGACGAAUGGAAAGCUAGCAGCAAAGAUUGAUGAAUUUAAUAGAAUUGUUUUUAAGACAGAAAAGGGAAGCAAAGUUUUCCAUGAGUCAUUACAUGACAUGUACCAGCCUGCAAAGCAGGAGUCUUGCAUUCACUCGCUGGAUCACAGUUUGAGCACUGCUCGGACCAAUAUUAAACCAGAUAAUGAGGCUGAAAUAACUGUGCAAUUCUAUGAAAACAGUGCAAUACAGAGUGAAACUUCUACAGUCCAAAAGUUGCAAGCACAUGGAUCUCACAGCCGAAGUAGCUACCAAAACAUGCUACAAGAGCACAACUGGACACCAAGCAAUUUGUCAGGGAGACCACGAUCUGCAGACUCUAGGUCCAACUAUGGUGUUGUGGAAAAGCUUUUGAAGAGCUAUGAAAACAAGGCUCCAUAUCAUAUUUCUAAACAUGCUUUAAGGAAACGGACAAAUUCAGAUUUCCUUCUGACAGAUGCUAACUCUGAAAAAUUGACUCGUUGCUUAGAAAUGCUCCAGAUUGACCAAGUAACCACAAGCUUUAGUAAUGAUGUGUCCAUUCACCGGCAACUUCGGGAAAAUGCUGAAAGCAUUAAGCUACCCGAGUUGUCAUUGUUGGGGACUUCUUCAAAUGGAAAAGGAUUUUCACGCCCUGCAAGACCAGCUAAUAGAAGACCACCUUCCAGAUGGGCAUCUGGAAGAUCCCCCUCAAUGCCCCCUUCUAUAAGAAGAACAGCAAUUUAA